AUGACAACCAUCGGCAUCGGAUCCUCCUCUUUCUCCUCCACCUCCCUCCUCAAACCACAACCCCACCACCACCACCACCACAUACUCCUUAAACCAACCCCAUCAAGAACUCCCAAACCGAAACCAAUCUCCGCCGUCCGCGCCACCGAAAAACUCCCCGCAAAAUGGAACCCAGAUAGCUGGAAAUCGAAACCGGCCCUUCAAAUCCCAGAUUACCCCGACAAAGAUCAGCUCGAAUCCGUCCUGAAAACCCUAGAAUCUUACCCUCCGAUUGUGUUCGCCGGCGAGGCUCGGAAACUGGAGGAACGGUUAGGCGAGGCCAGUCGUGGCGAUGCUUUCUUGCUUCAAGGAGGCGAUUGUGCAGAGAGUUUUAAAGAAUUCAAAACCGAUAACAUCAGAGACACUUUCCGGCUUCUCUUACAGAUGGGUGUCGUCCUCAUGUUCGGUGGUCAAAUGCCCGUCAUCAAGGUCGGGAGAAUGGCCGGCCAGUUCGCCAAACCAAGAUCGGACUCCUUCGAGGAGAAGGACGGGGUUAAGUUACCGAGUUACCGAGGUGACAAUAUAAACGGUGAUGCAUUUGACCAGAAAUCAAGAAUUCCCGAUCCGAAUAGAAUGAUUCAGGCUUACACUCAAUCUGUCUCCACCCUCAACAUCUUACGGGCUUUUGCUACCGGAGGCUAUGCCGCUAUGCAAAGAGUUAACCACUGGAAUCUAGAUUUCACCGAGCAUAGUGAACAAGGAGAUAGGUAUCGGGAACUGGCUCACCGAGUUGAUGAAGCGAUGGGGUUCAUGGCUGCGGCCGGACUCACAAUUGAUCAUCCGAUCAUGACGACGACUCCAUUUUGGACGUCCCAUGAGUGCUUGCUUUUGCCUUAUGAGCAAGCACUUACAAGGGAAGACUCUACUUCGGGACUUUACUAUGAUUGUUCGGCUCACAUGGUUUGGGUCGGUGAACGCACACGCCAACUUGAUGGUGCUCAUGUUGAAUUUUUACGAGGAGUUGCGAACCCUCUUGGCAUCAAGGUUAGUGAUAAAAUGGACCCGAACCAACUUGUAAAGCUCAUUGAAAUCUUGAAUCCUCGUAACAAGCCUGGAAGAAUCACCGUGAUUUCAAGAAUGGGAGCUGAUAAUACCCGAGUGAAGCUUCCUCAUCUGAUCAGGGCGGUUCGUGGUGCUGGUCAAAUCGUCACCUGGGUUAGUGACCCAAUGCACGGUAACACCAUCAAAGCUCCGGCGGGGCUCAAAACCCGUUCUUUUGAUGCUAUCAGGGCGGAGGUGACGGCGUUCUUUGACGUGCAUGAUCAAGAAGGAAGCUUCCCGGGUGGUGUUCAUCUAGAAAUGACGGGGCAGAACGUGACCGAGUGUGUUGGGGGUGCUCGGACCAUCACUUACAACGAUCUGAGCUCACGCUACCACACCCAUUGUGACCCCCGGCUCAAUGCUUCUCAGUCUCUCGAACUCGCCUUCAUUAUUGCAGAGCGGCUCCGUAAGGGACGACUCCGUCGUGGCAUUAGCAGCACCGGCAAUUUCGUACGUUAGGCAUGGUCCCUCUAUAUAUAAAGUUCUUUUGAAAUAAUGUUUGGUGCGUUUCAAUGGAAUA